ACUAUGAAAAUAAACGCGGCAACACCAGAGCGCGGAACUUAGAAGGGGUCAGGAGGGAUGGAAAUGUAGUCGAAAAUACACGUAAUAUCUUGUUUGAUAAAAGGAUUUGAUCGACAUACCAUAGGCUGGGUACAUAAGAUGCAAACAUCAUACGAAAGGAAGGAAAAACUAGGGGAAGGGACCUAUGGAGUUGUCUAUAAGGCAAUUAACUCAUUAACCGGAGAGUGCGUGGCUCUAAAGCGAAUCGACUAUAACAAAAAUGGGGAAAGAGAAGGUGUUCCUAGCACAGCUUUACGAGAGGUGAACAUGCUGAAGCAGCUCGAGCAUGACAAUGUUGUUAAAUUGUUAAAUGUUUUUUGCGAUACACCUCAGCAAGGGUCAAAUUCAACUUACAAACUUUAUUUGGUUUUUGAAUUUUGUGACAUGGAUUUAAAGAAGUUAAUGGAACAAAAUGGCGGAUUAGAUUAUGAGUUAACAAAGAGUUACAUGAAACAAUUACUGGACGGUAUGGCUUUUUGUCAUGGUAGAAAAAUACUGCACAGGGAUCUAAAACCUCAAAACCUACUAGUAACUUCUGAUGGUAAAAUAAAGAUUGCUGACUUUGGACUAGCUAGAAUGAUACAAAUUCCUUCAAGAAAAUACACCCAUGAGGUAAUAACGCUUUGGUAUAGAUCGCCAGAAAUUCUUUUAGGAACAGAUUUUUAUUGUCCGUCGGUUGAUAUAUGGAGCUUAGGAUGUAUUUUUGCCGAAAUGCCUACCGGCAAACCCCUUUUUCCUGCUGAUUCAGAAAUUGAUCAAUUGAUGAGAAUAUUUAGAACAUUAGGCACUCCUAAUGAAGAUAUUUGGCCGGGUGUUACUAAUCUUCCAGAUUUUCAAACUAGAUUUCCACAAUUUAAAGUUCAAGAAAUUAACAUUCAGGGAUUAGACAAUGAUGGCAUGGAUUUAUUUCGCAAAAUGAUCAUCUAUGAUCCAUCAAAACGAUGGAGCGCAAUUAUGUGCCUAAAGCAUGAAUAUUUAAAUAAUGUCAAUCUUGACGUUAAACCAGUUUUUAGAAAAGUAGAAAAGGAUAAGUCAAAUAUGGUAAAAAAUUUAAGUAGCAUGUUUUAAAGAUUUUUUAUGUGUUCGUCUCUUAUGUGUUCAUUUGAAAAGGUCUUGCGUAGUAUCUUGUGAUUACGUCUAUAAACCAUUUAUAUACUAUUUAUUAUUUAAAAUGGAUUUAAAAAAAUACAAUACAUAGUAACUGUAAAUUAAUCAUUUGUCUUGUUAAUAUCAUUUAGUACACUUGUUUAACAAGUUACUUCUUUUUAAUGGAAUAUGC